UUUAAGAGCAUUUACAAUAUUUUUGUGCGUGUGUUGAAUUAAUAGUAUGGAUUUCUUAAAAUUAUAAAUGGAUUUAGAUAAGUAACUACUAAAAAUAUCAAGAAUUGAAGUUUUACGUAUUCGUAAUUUAAUAUAACGCUAACGGACAUUAGCAGUUUGUGUGACGGCUCGGUGUUGGAGUACAAGAUAUGGGCCAUUGAAGGUACAUUUUGCCAAAUCAGUAACCGCACAUACCGCGGCCAAGAUACUCAGGGCGGCGUUUAUUUGGCGAGAUUUGCCGAGGGGCAGAUUUACUCCAGAGGCAAAUGUUGGCUAUAUAAAUGCAGCAAAUUAAGACGUGAUAUGGAUGUCUUGGGACCAGAUGUUCGAGAGUGUUUCCGACUUUACGGCCAGUACAAGAUAUGCCCUGAUAGCACGUGCAUACACGCGAAUGACACCUGUCCAUGUCUGGUGAGCGAUGACUUCCAAUGUCUGGAUGAGUACUGUAUCCCUCGCUUCUACUGGUGCGACGGAAUCCCGGAUUGCUCUGAGGCGGAGGAUGAGAUCGACUGUCCAAAUUCCUCCACGGAGGCAAUGCAGACCGGAAGCGGAUCAGGAAUCUCAAUGGCGGCCGUGGUAACGAUCUCCACGCUAUGCGUGUUAUUCUGUGUCGCCGUGGCAGCCAUGUUUGUGAUCUUCGUUGCCAGGAGAACCGGAAGGCACAAAUCCGGCGAGUCAAAGUCAGCGACUGAACCAUUACGGAAGUGCUACAUUUCGGAAUCGUCGGACAGCCGAGAUGACAGCGACCGACUUCCGGUACGGGCUAAAACUUACUACCGGAAGUGCGAUUCUACAGAAGAAAUUGAAAGGGACUAUUCCAUCUACAAACCAGUGCCAAAAAGAAAUGGAUUCUUUACAACUCAAAACGGUAAUCAUCCAGCGUCCAGUGUGUCCAGAAACAACAGCGACGAUAAAGAUAUUCAGAACGCAAAUCUUGCCAUUGGUGAAAAUGCGGAAAUAUAUGACCUUGACCGCAAUGAAAUAUCACCAAAAAUAACCGGAUUGGGGAAGUAUACUUUCAAACCAAGAUUAAAGUAUACUAACUGCAAUGAAAUACUUUUCACUGAUAAGGCUGAGAAAGACCGGCUAUAUGUAAUAAACAGUUACAAACAUUGCUCUGGGAAAAGCAUCAACCCCGGAAAUUUGACUUUUGACACGGAUCCAGAAAAAUUCUCCUGCAAAUUUGCUAGCGAUGUUCUGUGUUCAUCAACUCCAAGACAAGGUGCUAGGCAUAUGUCAUUACCAAACAUGAAAAACAUCUCCAUGGACAGUAUAAUAGAUGUUAAACUCUAGUCUUAGACAUUUUAUAUAUUGCCGUCAUGAGCAUUGUCUUAUCAUACAUGUUUACUUUUAGAGAUAUGAUUGAUGUCAAAUAAUGCCUUUAUGUCUUGCAAUACGUUUGACACUAAAUGUUAAAAAAUGUUCGUGCCAUUCCUUGAAAGAACAAUCUGAUUUAUAACAGUUUAGCAUAUGUACAGCAUUAAGGAAACGAUAGAUCAUAUACAUGUCCAACAUUUACAUAUUUGACUGUGGUGUUGCCGUGUCGAGUUUGUAUAUUAUGUAUAUAGUCAUUUCGUGUCAUAAUUAUUAUGGUGUUGUUUUGUCCAUUAAUUCAAAUUUAUAUAUGCAUUGACGUCUGAUAUCCAUGUAUGUGUAUAUUUGACUUUCGUCUCCUACCGCGUUUGUAUACACUAUUAUAAUGCGAACUUUAAAACGUCUGUGAUGUCCAUUUAUUUGUAUUGUAAUAGCAUUCAAUUAUUGUGACAAACGAAUGUAAAUGUGUUGUAAUUAAUUCCGUUAUGAUGCAAACAUUCAAUACAAUCAACAAUGCUUCUCUUCAAGAUGGAAACGGCUCUAUGUCUGUGUUUAUGUUCAGUCUGUGCCUUCAUAUGUUCAUAUUGUCAAAAUCGACAAAUAAAUGGACAAUAUAACAAUUGUUCUACCCAUUAUUUGCGCGGCUUUCCAAAUGGUGUUCAAUCUAUACACUUUCAAAUACCAUGUUUA